AAUUCGGAUGAUGAACUUCUCAAGAAAUCGAUUAAAGAACAAGAACAUCUUCAACCAUCGAUCUAAUUCUACUCAAACUCAUCCAUCAAAACUAGAUCAAUUAAUCAGAUUAGGUCCAGUCUUAUUCGAUCCAAUCAGAAUACCUCGUUAUCCAAUCGUAUUAUGUCAUGGUCUCUAUGGAUUCUCAGUUCGAGGUCCUACUUCAUUUCCUAGAUUUCAAAUUCAUUAUUGGGGUAGAUUAUUAGAAAUCUUACGAAACAAAUUAGGUAUCAAAGUUAUCAUUGGUCAUGUACCUUCAACAGGUUCGAUCAAACAAAGAGCUAUGAGUUUAAAUGAAAUGUUAAAGAAUGAUCAAUCGAUGAAGAAUUGCGAUUUAAAUUUUUUAGGUCAUUCUAUGGGUGGAUUAGAUGCAAGAUAUUUGAUUUCUCAUUUAAAUCCUCAUCUUCAUUUUAAUCCAGUGAGUCUGACUACGGUUUGUACUCCUCAUAGGGGAUCACCUUUCAUGGAUUGGUGUAGAGUUAAUAUUGGAGUAGGAUUUCAAGAAUCAGAUGAUCAAUUUAAUCAACCUAACAAAUCGAUCAUGAUGAACUCUAAACUCAACUUACCAUUCUCAUUAUCACAACCACUCUUAUCCUUAAACCAAACCCGAUCAUCAAACCCAAGCAAGAGUACCAACACGAUUUCCAAAACAUUUAACUAUUUACCUAACAAUUUAUUAAAAGUUUUGUUAUUGAAUUUAUUAGAUUCACCAGCCUAUUCGAAUUUAUCGAGUGAUUUUUUGAUUCAUAAGUUUAAUCCGAACACACCUAAUGAUCCCAAGGUCAAAUAUUUUAGUAUUGCAGGCAAGAUCAAACGGAAAUUAAAUUUGAUUCAUCCACUUUGGUUACCUAAGAUGAUCUUAGAUGAAUAUCAAAAACAUCAUCCAUCAUCACAAGCAGGAGAUGAAGGACAUGAUGGAUUAGUGACCAUUGAAAGUGCGAGAUGGGGAGAGUUUUUAGGAGUGAUUGAGAAUACGGAUCAUUGGGAAAUUAGAGGAAGUAGUGCGUUUGGUAGUACAGGAGGAACGGAUUAUCAAAAAGAUGAGAAUGAGAGAUGGAUGAAGAAAAAGAAAAAGAAGAGGUUAAAUGAAGAUGAGAUCUUGGAUGAGAAGACUAAGGUGAAUUGGUUAGAAGUCAAUAAGUUGAUUGGAACUUGGAUUUCUUCUAAUUCUAAUUCUAAUCAUCAUCAUCAAGAUUUAGACGCAGCCAAGAAAUUAAGUGAAAUUAAAUCUAUGACAGAAGAGAUUAUGGAAAAAGAUUUCAGUCUUAGAUCAAAGGAUCAUCGAGAUUUAAAAGUGUUUUUGAAUGAAGAAUCAAGUGAAUCAAGUAUUUAUGCAUUUGCUAAUUGGAUCCUUAAAAGAUUACCUAAUUUAUCAUCUUCUUCUGAAUCAAAUCAAGAAAAUCAAAAUCAAGAUUUGAACGUGGAAGGAAACCGUCGUUUGAAUGAUUAUAAGUCUACCAUUCAUUCACAUUUUCCUUUAGAUGAUUUAGAUCUUUUACCACUUCAUCAUCAUCAUCAUCAUCGAGAUUUAAAUUCGAUUCAUCAUCAUCAUCAUCAAUUGAACUCUUCAACUAGAACAAAACUUGAUUUGAGAUCAUUGGAUGAAAUGAAUAAAUUCGAUUUAGAAAUGGUUUAUAUUGCGAUUUGUAGAAAUUUAUAUAAUCAUGGGUUUUAAAUGAAGGAAACAAGGAAAGGAAGAAGAAAGAAAAGAAAGAUUUGGAAAGAUUUACAAUAUAUCAUGUCAUAUCGUUAUCAUAUCAUAUUCAAAUAUUGAGAAGAGAAAACACAAGAUGUGAUAAGGGUUGAAGUUUCAUUUUUUUGUAGGAUUUAUGGUUUUCUUUGGUGUGUGUGUGUAGAUUAUGAAUGGAAAAUUGGAUGGGUUUUGAAGUUAAAGUUGGAUUUUUUGGAAGGUUGGAAGAUAAUUGAUCAUGGGGUUUAAAUCAAUCAAUCAAUUAAUCAAACCAUGAAUUCAAAUCGGUUUUGAAUGAAAGAUUAUAGAUUAAAAGAAAACAUCAAGGUUAAAUUCCAAAAAGAUGUGUGUAAAUACAUAAAUAAAAUUUGUGUAAAUAGAAUGUAGAUAACUUAUUUUUGAUGAUGAUAAAGAACCAGAUGAUUUUUUGGGGAGGUGUUUC